UUUCAAAUCUAAAUAGUAAUCCACUCAUAAAGUAUAUAUUCUCAAUAUUUCUCCUUUGAAAAACCGCUUCUGUGUUCUCCUUGAGAAGUUGGGAGAUGGCAACCUCCAACAUCUUCGUUAUUGUCGUACUACUUGUUUGGAUGACCUGGAUCAACACUUGCAGCGCCAUCAAGCCACCGCCAAAGUUCCCAGCCAUUAUCAUCUUUGGUGAUUCAACUGUGGAUACCGGUAAUAACAACUAUAUCAGCACAUUGUUUAAAGCCAAUGAACCCCCAUAUGGAAAAAACUAUCCAGGCCACAUUCCUACAGGGAGGUUUUCAGAUGGGAAACUUGUGCCUGACUUUGUGGCCUCUUCUCUGGGAAUCAAAGAGGCUGUCCCUCCUUUCCUGAAACCAAAUCUGUCAGACAAUGAGCUCCGCACUGGUGUGAGCUUUGCCUCUGCUGGAUCAGGAUACGAUGAUUUAACCACUGUGUUAUCCAAUGUCAUCCCGGUUUCAAAGCAAGUUGAGCUCUUUAAAAGUUACAUGGAGAAGCUGAAGGGAGUUGUAGGAGAAGAGAAGACCAAGAACAUCAUUGGUGAGGCUCUGGUGAUAAUCAGUGCAGGAACUAAUGACCUUAUUUUAAAUUUCUUUGAUAUACCAACAAGACGAUUGGAGUUUGACAGCAGCGGGUACCAUUGUUUUCUGCUUCAAAGGCUACAAAAUUUCGUCAAGGAAUUAUAUGAUCUGGGAUGCCGAAAAAUGGUUGUAGCUGGCCUACCUCCAAUUGGUUGUCUACCAAUUCAAAUGACAGCCAGAUUUGAGAUUCCAACAAAUCGAAAAUGCUUGGAGGAUCAGAACUCAGAUGCUCAAUCUUACAACAAGAAGCUUGUGAAACUGUUGCCUGAAAUACAAGCAACGCUGCCAUGCAGCAAGAUUGUGUAUGCAGACGUUUAUGAGCCAUUGGCUGACAUGAUAAAUCAUCCUCAACAAUAUGGGUUUGUAGAAACAAAGAAAGGUUGCUGUGGCACUGGACUCCUGGAGGUUUCAUUCCUGUGUAAUCCAUUGACUCCAAUAUGCAGAAAACCUUCACAGUUUUUGUUUUGGGAUAGUGUUCAUCCCACCCAAGAAGUCUAUCGAUACCUUGCCAAACUAUUUGUGAAGGAAGUUGUUUCUCAAUUUUAAUUAUGAACA